AUGACAGCGCACUCCAGCCCCAGCACGCGGUUCUUGCUGUUCCCUAUUCAGGAAGCCACGUGCGACUCCACAGCCAAAGCCGAGCAGCAAACGUUUGUGCUCCCACAGGCGGCGAUCACAGCGCGUCAGGAUACCCGCUGCUCGUUUGCAUGGCUACCACUUGCAUCUCAUGGUGUCCAGGCGGAUCAGCCGCUAUUCUAUUCCCCAAUUUCUCUCUUAAGCGGCAGAUGCACACAGGUGCCCUUCAUCUCGCAGCCCGUCCCCAGACGGCCCGCAUGCCGCCACAGCCCAGCCCGCCCCAUCUCUGCCCCAUUGCCAAGGCUCAGCCCGGCGUUCCGUCUCAGAGCCAUCCCAAAGCAGACAACCCGAGGCGGGGGGAGAAGUCUCCCCCCGGGUCGGGGAGGAAGUGACAUGGCGGCGGAGAGGGAAGGCGAGGGGGCCAGGGAGCCGCCCGGCGGGUGGAGCCAGGCAGCCCCGCCCGAGCCCGCCGCCUCCCGGCGCGUGCAAACUAGUGGCAGUUGGCGAGCCGCGGCUCGGCUCGGCGCGGUGCCGCCCGCUCCCGGCGCCUCAGCGCGCGCCCGUGCCCAGGCUCGGCGGCGCCAGGUACGUGCUCUUUCCCUGGCGGCCGGAGGGCUCCUCAGGUGCGGGGCUGCGCCUCUCGAGCCGGCUGGCGCCCGGUUUGGAAACAAACAACAAAGAGCCGUCUUCCCCAACCCAUCAGCGCCGGCGGCCGGGCGGGGUGUGGGAGUGUGUGCGCGGGGCGAGGCGCGGCGGGAAGCGGGCUGCGGCCACGAGUUCCUCGGUUCAUCCCCCACCCGCUGCCGCCGCCGGCCGCGCCGUGUCUGCCGCCCAGAAUCUUCCGGCGCCUCGCGCCGCCCCGGGGUUUCCGUGGAAACGGGAGGAGAGCGGCGGCCUCACCCCGGCGGGACGCUGCAGCCCGGCCGGGUGGGGGGUUGA